AUGCCUGAAGAUUAUGUGGAUGAUUAUUACUCCAAGGAAACUUAUCUGACGUGUUAUGGUCAUAAUGUAAGUCUUAUUAAUGGACAAUACAUGUGGCUAAAGGUUGACAUGGAAGAGAUGUUACCUCCAUCAUAUAAAAGAAGACUUGGAAAUCCAAAGAAAUUAAGGAGCAGGGAACCUGAUGAAGACCCUAAUAAGGGAAGGACACAAACAAGUUAUUGUUGCACAAGAUGUGGUAUACAUGGCCAUAAUGCAAGAAGUUGUACAAGUCAAGUGGUUGACCCUGAAACUCAAAAAAUGAAGAGAAAGCCAAAGAAAACUACAACAGGCAAUACAACCCAACCAUCUAGUAAUGCAACCCAAGAAUAA